UGGUUGCUAAGGCGAAACUGCUGUUGCUGCUGCUGCUGCUGCUGCUAUUGCUGCACUCGCCGUACAGAGUCUCCACACAGCCAGCCUGGACAGAGAUGCCCUGAAGCCAAACAGAGACAGACAGCUGUAUGGUGGGACACAUGUAGAGUGAACUGUAGUCACCGGACGUUUUAAGAGGCUCUUUUUCGGAAUGACUGGAAUUUAGGGGUGUAUUUGGAGUGUAGAGGGCCACGCGUUUUCACUCCGCUAGCCUCAACUUGCAGGUGUUUUCCGACAGGCGUCGCACCGACAAGCUGCUGUUUGCUCGGUGGCAUUAGCCCUGAACAGCAAGAGGGUUUAAUAAUUCAGCUAUUCGGAAACAUAUUUGUUUUUACCUCAUACACUCCGGUUGUUGCGGUUGCCAACGUUAAAUGCUGUUGUUUAACUUCGCAGCCAACUGUUUUCAUCGAGCACUGUACUGCUGUUACCUGACUUAAAUUAGCCUGCUCCGGCUUAACAUUAUUCAGAAUGCAAGCUAGUGAAUGUGGAGUGUCUGCAGAGCCUGUAAGUAAAGUCGACUCUGAUGAUUUUCUUUUGAAAUAUACACAGUUCUUGCUUUGAUAACAAUUUGUUGUUUGUUAGUGUUGUUUACUAAUAGUCCAUACUGUAAACCAUAACUACAAACAUAGAGCCCAGUGUUGGUUUUUUAAAAACUUGUGUCGGUUAUUCGAACUUAGCUAAUUGUAACUAGUCAAGUUAGCGGAAGAAAAAUAUGUAUAUCUCACUGGGUUUAGACCUGGCACCAGUAAGUAACAAUAAUUCUUUCCAAAAUCGACAAUAAUACGAUAAAAAAUCUGAUGUAUAUAGUGCUGUGGAAUACUUAUAUAAUACUAUAGGUUUUAUCCCUGAAUAAAUGUAGUAGUUUACUGUCCAAUAAUAAUCUGUAACACUUGUGUAGUUCCCUGGAGUGAAACACUUAAUAAUUGUUCAACCAAUUGUCAAGAAUUGGUUAAUCCAUGUUCAAACUAUACACAAAUGUAUAAAUCCAAGAGUGAUUGAUAGUCUACAAAAAAAAUAGGUUAUAAGUUCGGAUCUUCCUGCACCUCUUAAUAUUAGAUUGACCUGCGACUGAUGUCAGUGUCCAUUUUAAAUCUUCUCUCAUUGCAUUAUCAUGCACGCAUGAUCCAGGAGGCGAUGGACUCUUGUCUGCCUUGAAAAUCACAAACAUUUGCAAUGAAGAGGAUAACCAAAGGCCUUGUAGAUUUGUUGAUGGUGAGGGAAUACCAUGUAAACGUUGACGAGCUGUAAGCAAACACGUGAAUGACAGUUAGGAGUGUGGCACCAUGGCUUUUCCAAAUGCACCCUCUUCACACAUGGGAAGUAUGCCCUGUUUUCCUUAACAAAACAUGUUUCACUUUCACGGACUGAAUCACACACAGGUGGAUCGUCCUGCGUAUCGGAUUAUGAGUUCCCUGCGUUCAAAGCUGAUACUCAGCAGUCAUGCAGCUAGAGCCUGAGGUUGCUUUCACACGCCCUUUCCGUUGCUGUUAUGACGGCUCCAUUGCUUUGGCCUGUUGGAUCUCAAAGCUGCAAGCUGGCGCUGGAGAGCUAAAUGGCCAGUAAGGCACCGCUUUAGCAGUUUUACAGGAAUUUUUUUUGACACCCCCAGAGCCCCUCAGAUGAAGUGGGAACGUUUGUGUCUUGGUCUCAUCACUGGCAGUCCCACACGGAUCUAGAGAAGCAAGUAUGCCUUUAAGAAAAAGAGAUACAGCCAGAGCUUUAGGGCUGCUGGAGGACUACUGCUCCAAGCUGAAGAAACCAGAGGAACAGCAGCUCAAAGCUGCCAUUCAGCGAGUUGUGGGCAUCUUCAGAAGUAGCCUCUUUCAGGCUCUCAUAGAUAUCCAGGAGUUUUAUGAAGUGACCCUGUUGAACACUCAGAAGAGCUGUGAACAGAAGUUGGAGGAGGUGAACCACAUGGCAGAGCAGUGGGAACACUCGACCACUAACUCUUCAACCACACACCCACAGCCAGCCUGCGCACAGCCAGAGGUGAUGGAGAAGAGCCACGUGGAGCUGAGUGUGGAGGAAUCAGCACCAGAGAGCAACACAAAUGCAGAGAACAGGCCUCCGGCGGUUCAGGGCACCCAACAGCAGACCCACUCUCCGGCCUGUAUGAACCCCAACCCCGCUCUGAUGAGCUCGCCCUGGUACCGCUAUCAGGAUGACGAGUCACCGCCUCCUGAGCACGGCUUCCCUCGGUUGACCAAUGAGGUACGAGCGCCCGAGCUGGUGCAUGUGUCAGAGAAGAACCUGUCGGAGAUCGAGAAUGUGCACGGCUACGUCUCCCAUUCACACAUCUCACCACUCAAGCCUGCGCUGGUUACCCGGUUUGAUCUUACAUACCCGGGCGUGACUGCCGCAAACUACCUGGCAAGCCCCGCACCAAUUAUAGUCAACACGGACACUUUGGAGUCGGUACCUUACGUCAACGGGACAGAAAUUGAAUAUGAAUUUGAAGAAAUUACGCUAGAGCGGGGUAACUCAGGGUUGGGGUUCAGUAUAGCAGGCGGGACAGAUAACCCACACAUUGGAGACGACCCUGGAAUCUUCAUCACCAAAAUCAUCCCAGGAGGAGCAGCAGCAGAGGACGGCAGGCUACGGGUAAAUGACUGUAUCCUGCGUGUGAAUGAAGUGGACGUGUCCGAGGUUUCCCACAGCAGGGCCGUGGAAGCGCUGAAGGUUGCUGGCUCAAUUGUUAGACUCUACGUGCGCAGAAGAAGACCAAUGUUGGAGACUGUGGUGGAAAUCAAACUCAUCAAAGGACCAAAAGGGCUAGGGUUCAGUAUUGCUGGUGGGGUGGGGAAUCAGCACAUCCCGGGUGAUAACAGCAUCUAUGUCACUAAAAUUAUUGAUGGUGGGGCGGCACAGAAGGAUGGCAGGUUACAGGUUGGAGACAGACUGCUAAUGGUAAAUAACUACACUCUGGAGGAGGUCACCCACGAGGAGGCAGUAGCCAUUCUGAAGAACACAUCAGAUGUUGUGUAUUUGAAGGUGGGGAAGCCCACUAGUGUUUACCUUUCAGAUCCCUAUGGGCCUCCCGAUAUUACCCAUUCGUUUUCCCCUGCUAUGGAUAAUCAUAUCUCUUCCGCUGGUAAUAACGGGACUCUGGAGUAUAAGUCCAGUCUUCCUCCCAUCUCCCCCGGCCGCUAUUCGCCCCUGCCACGCCACCUGCUAGGGGAGGAGGAUAUUAACAGGUUGGAUGGCUUUUCAUUCUUACGAAAUCCCUCCUUAGAUGACGGGGAGGGCCACAGGUUUGAUUCCCAGCACUUCCAGUUGAGGCCUCCAGAGCCCGUUUACAGCACUGUGAAUAAACUGUGUGAUCGCGUUCCCUCUCCCCGUCACUACUCCCCUGUGGAGUUCGAUAAAAGCCCAAUGCACUCCAUCCCUUUCCCCCACUACCACAUAGGCCUGCUCCCUGACUCCGACAUCACCAGGGAGCCGAGGAAGAUUGUGCUGCAUAAAGGCUCCACCGGCCUGGGCUUCAACAUUGUGGGUGGCGAGGACGGCGAGGGAAUCUUCGUCUCCUUUAUCCUGGCCGGGGGUCCUGCAGAUCUCAGUGGAGAGCUGCGGAGAGGAGACCAAAUCCUGUCUGUAAAUGGCAUUGAUCUGCGAGGUGCCACUCAUGAGCAGGCUGCAGCUGCCCUCAAGGGGGCAGGACAGACGGUCACCAUCAUUGCCCAAUACCGGCCUGAGGAGCUUGCAUUGUGCUCUCCGCGCCGGGCCCCGCCUCCAGCCGCAGAGUACGGGCGCUUUGAGGCCAAAAUUCAUGACCUGAGAGAGCAGAUGAUGAACCACAGCAUGAGCUCUGGAUCAGGAUCCCUCCGAACCAAUCAGAAACGCUCCCUCUAUGUCAGGGCUCUGUUUGACUAUGAGCGGUCGAAGGACAGUGGCUUGCCCAGUCAGGGUCUCAGUUUCCGUUAUGGAGACAUCCUGCAUGUCAUUAACGCAUCUGAUGACGAGUGGUGGCAGGCGCGGAGAGUCACUCCAGACGGAGACAGCGAGGAGAUGGGCGUCAUCCCUAGCAAGAGGAGGGUGGAGAGGAAAGAGCGAGCCCGUCUGAAGACAGUCAAGUUCAACGCGAAGCCUGGCAGCAUUGACUCUAAAGGGUCAUUCAGUGACAAACGUAGAAAGAACUUCAUCUUUUCACGAAAGUUCCCUUUCUACAAGAACAAGGAGCUGGACGAGCAAGACGGCAGUGACUCUGAACGGAGCCAAGAGGACCUGAUCCUGUCCUAUGAGCCCGUGAUUCGGCAAGAGAUUAACUACGCCAGACCUGUUAUUAUUCUUGGGCCAAUGAAGGACAGGAUCAAUGACGACCUCAUCUCAGAAUUCCCUGACAAGUUCGGGUCAUGCGUGCCACCGGAUAGCAGUUCAGGGCAAAUGGAUACUACAAGAGCAAAGAGGGAUUAUGAGGUGGAUGGGCGAGAUUAUCACUUCGUGACCUCGCGGGAGCAGAUGGAGAAGGAUAUCCAAGAGCACAAGUUCAUCGAGGCCGGGCAGUACAACGACAACCUGUAUGGGACCAGCGUCCAGUCAGUCAAAUACGUGGCUGAAAGGGGGAAGCACUGCAUACUUGACGUGUCUGGAAAUGCCAUAAAACGACUACAAGUAGCACAACUCUACCCUAUUGCCAUCUUUAUAAAGCCUAGAUCCAUCGAAUCUUUAAUGGAGAUGAACAAGAGGUUGACAGAGGAGCAGGCCAAGAAAACGUACGACCGUGCCAUGAAGCUAGAACAGGAGUUUGGAGAGUACUUCACAGCACUGGUGCAAGCAGACACUUUGGAGGACAUUUAUACUCAGUGUAAGAUGGUGAUAGAGGAGCAGUCUGGACCUUAUAUCUGGAUUCCCUCCAAAGAGAAGCUAUAAGGAAGACAUUACCCUGCCAGGGACUUUGGACUGCAAAAAAAACAUAAAAACAAAAACAACUACAAAAACACACAUAGGCAUAAUUUGUAACAUAUGAUAAAUUAUUAUGGUAAUGUUUAUUGUUGAUAAUUAUAGUGAAUACUAUUUUGUUUGUUUGUUUGUUUUAUCUGUUAUGUUACUUUUUUCACUUUCAAUAUGAAUGUUCCUGAAUGUACACCACAAAGUGUUGGAAACAUUUUUGGCCUCGAAAAAAAGGACUGUUUAUAUAUUUAUUGGUUAUAGUAGUAUUUUGAGUUAAGAAGAAUUCAAAUGCGUUGAGAUGAAAGUUGGCUUUUUUUGUUCACGUUUCGUUUCCGGCUGAAAUUUGAAAGGGAAGGACAUCGCGUGCAGGUCAGGACACAGUAAGAUGGAUGAUUUCUGCACCGCCACCGCAGCAGCCUCCCAGAGGAGAUCUUCAUAAUGAUAUCAGCGCUUUCCCCGCUUCGUGGCCGGCCGUUGCCCUGCAGGUCUGCGUUUCUCUCUCUGCAGCACUCCACAUCUUGCCCGCUCUGGGAUCUAUGCACUCCCCUGGCCCCUUCACACUUCAUUUUUCUCCCCUUCUUCCUACAUUGCUUUUGUACUUAUUUUUGUUGUCAUCCACUUUCAUCCAUUUGAACAUCUCCUUGAAGAUUUCUAGUUUUAAAAUGUUCAAUUGUACAUGUAGCUACGUUUCUAAAUCUUUCAGAACAAGUCAACAGAUGCUUUAAUUAGUAUAAACUGUAAAAGGGAUACAACUAGGUAGGAAAUAUGACACUAUAUUUUGCUAUUUAUAUUGAUAGAGGGCACAACAACACAGAAAUAUUUAUAAAGAUAAUGUAUAACUUUGUUUAAAAAAAGCUACUUUUGGAAAAAAAAAAACAUUUUACUGGUGUAAGAUACAGUGUUGUGGUAAAUGUAGUAUUGGUGGGGAUGUUGUUAAUCCUGU